AGCGAGUCAGCUGAUCUCACAGAAAACGGUCAACGACGGUGGGGAGGCGCGGCCGGUGGAGAUUUCUUUUUGUUAAAAAUGUUAACUGGAGUGGAUAUUAUUCCUCAACGCUGUAUGAAGGUUCAUGAGAGAUCAAAGUCUAAAUGUAGUACUAAUACGCUGAGGAAGGCGUAGGAUUGGACAUUGGAAUAGUUUGACAUACAUGUAGGUAAUGGAUUGAUACCUACAUUACAACAAUACAAAUCCUGUUUUAAGCAUCGGCUGAGUGUACGCUGGAUCCAUAGGGACUCAUAAAUGUACAUGCUGACCAAAGAAAACAGUUAUCCUAAAAACACCGAAGACACCUCACCAUCACCAUGUCGACAGCGGAAGAGACGCGGGCUGAACGACAGCCUUUUCUUCCCAAGUCCCGGAGUCUGAGUCGGUCAGCAGACUUUCCUGUUGAUGGCCACAGCUACGAGAGCGAUCAACGCGAGGAGGAAAGGAAUGCAAACCUUACCUUAUCAACAGAGUCGCGUCUCCAUACCUCCCACUCAACCACUAAUGGUCAGACGUUGAUGCACGUGAUCAAAGGAAGCUUGGGAACCGGCAUGCUGGGACUACCAUUUGCAAUCAGGGAAUGUGGCAUCGUGCUUGGACCUAUCUUGCUGCUUCUAAUUGCCAUCAUGGCUGUCCACUGUAUGCUUAUUCUCGUCCGAUGCUGUCAUAACCUGUGCAGCAGGACAUGUCAUGUUUCUCUUGAUUACGGAGAGGUAGCAGAGACCGCUCUUAAAGAAGCUCAUAUUCCACGUUGCAUUAGAGAGAGAGCCAGAGUAGGAAGAAUAGUGGUGAAUAUAUUCCUUGUGAUAACACAGUUUGGAUUCUGUUGUGUAUACUUCCUUUUCAUUGCCGAUAAUAUACAUGCGGUAUAUGCGGAGUUUUAUCCUGAAUCGGUGCCCAGCGAAAAGAUUUUUGUAUUGAUGGCAGCCCCUCUUGUCAUCUUGUUAGUCUACAUCAGAAAUCUAGAUGACUUUGCUCCGCUAUCAUCGAUUGCCAAUGUGCUCUCGCUGGUUGGAAUAGCUAUCUUAUUUGAGUAUAUGCUGACACACUUUGGAAGUGGUAAUGGAGCAUCUUUCAACUUAAGUGAACUGACUUUAAUUGGAGAUGUCAAAGGUAUUGCUUUCUUCUUUGGCACUGCUAUGUACUCAUUUGAAGGCAUUGGUGUGGUAUUGCCUUUAGAGAACAAAACCAAGCAUCCGGAAGACUUUCCCAAGGUGCUGAAAAUUGGGAUGAUCGUAGUAGCGUUCCUGUACAUCUCAACGGGGACCUUUGGCUAUCUUUGCUUUGGAGACCAACUAGAGGACACGGUUACAAUUUAUCUACCAGAUAAUGGUUUAUAUACUGCAACCAAGCUGUUAUUUGUCGGUGCCAUCUAUAUAUCGUAUGGACUACAGUUCUACGUACCACUGAGCUUCGUUUGGCCACCUAUAAGAAAUAAAAUUCCUCAGGAGAGGUAUCACACUAUAGCUGAAUAUGCCUUCAGAACAAUAAUUGUCAUUAUCACCAUGAUCCUUGCCAUUGCCAUACCACAACUCUCCCUGUUCAUCUCGUUAGUCGGAGCCAUGGCCAGCUCCACCCUCGCGCUCAUCUUCCCUCCUCUCAUAGAAGAACUAACAUUUGGUUUCCAUGGUUACAGGACACCAACGUCGAUCCUGAGGUUAAUAAAAAAUGCCUUCAUCUGUUUAUUUGGUUUGAUUGGAUUUGGGGCUGGUACAUUUGUCUCCAUCCAAGGUAUUGUAGAAAAACUUUGAAUCUAUUAUGCUUUUCACACUGCACAUAUUUUCCUCAAGCCCGGGGUUAAGCUUAGCCCACUUCGCUUUCACACUACGUUUUAGCAAAGUGGGCUAGAACGGUAAAUAGUACGGUACUAUCUGGUUCUGCAAAAAGGCAGGGUUAGCUGACCUAUUGGCCUAUUGCUAGCACCACAAUUGUGUUGCUAAGAGAUGCAGUGUGAAACGAAACUGGGCUAAAGAAAAGUGGGGCUAAGCAUUAGCCAAUCACAGAAGUCAAAAUUGCACGUUAAUCACGCUCUGUGUGGCAAAAUCAUCAAUAUUCAUGAGCUGUGCUAUGGUCCGGGUUUAAGGCGUUCACCACGGCUAAGCAAAUAGUAUGGGGUUAAGAAAGACAGUGUGGAACCAAAAAAAGAUAGUAUGGGAUUAAGGAUAGUUUUGGAUUAAGGAAAUGCAGUGUGAAAAGCAUAUAUGUGUUUUAGGGGAAUUUGACACCAUUUGGAUAUGAAUCAUCCAGAGUAGACCAAGAUUAAUGACCAGCUGACAUUAUGUAAUGUCACUGGAAAUUGCCAUAUGGUAAAGCCAUUAGGCUCGGCCGAAGAAUUUCCCACAGGGACACCGAGUUUGCUUUCCUCCAAAGAUGUCUCUUUUACAGGUAUUUCCAAUGCUUUGCACAGAAGUAUGGGACCAGCAAAAAAUUAUCUACUCCCCAUGAAAUCUGGCACCCAUCGGACUUUAAUACAAAAAGGGAUCUUGGCUAGCAAUAAGGUAUUCAAUUAUCCCAUUUGAGAAAAAUCAUAUCAACUCCAUAUAAAUCCUCCUGAAAACAUCUAGUAGGCAAGAGUUUGAAUUUAUUGAUCUGAUCUACCCAUCUUUAAUUAUAGAAAGCUGUUAAGUUUUACUUUAUAGCCCAGUAACAACCAAAACUUGUUCAUUAACAAUUCUAUUUAUAUGUAUCAGUGCAAUAUAGUGCUAUACCCCAUCUCUCUAAACCCCAAAGAAAUCUUCUUUAUGAUUUUGUGUAAUUUUUAAUUUUUCUCUUUUUUUAAGGUACAUUAUAUCUUGUACAUGUGGGUCCAUCUGAUUAUUGCAGAUGUUAAAUGUUGAUAUUAAAAGUUAUCUAUACUUUGAUUUAGUGUAUAUUUUGAUUUUUCCUUGUGCAACAAAUCAAUAGUAGUCAUAUUGUGUCUACCUGGAAUUGGUUAGGCCAUGAAUGAGCAGUUAACCAUAUUGGUCAAAUCAAGUUCUGUCUUUAAAUUUCAGAUUUAUCUUGUGUUUUUUGUUUUAUUAUCAUAUUUAAUGGAAAAGGCAAAUUAUUAUUAUCACUGGUGAAUAUAAUUCUUUUUUUUCCUACCAAAGAUUAAACUCAGAGAGAAUCUGAGAACCGAUUUGCUGCACUUAUAGAAGUUGCCCCCCCCCCCUACAUCCCAGGGGUUAUUGAUGAUGAUUAUGCAUUAAAAGAAGUCCAAGCAAUUAAGCUGAGACCAGCUAGAUAUUAUUUGAAUUUAAAUAGCAUGGCUGGAUUAUAAGCCAAUGAAAAUAUGAAAAACACAAAAAUAUGCCAAUAUGAUGAAAUAAAACUAAAAACUUCCUGACC